AUGAUACCGAUUACUCUGUACCAUGGGGAAAAUGCAGUCGAAACGUUGGCGUUCCUGGACGAGGGAGCUUCAACAACACUCGUUGAGAGCUCGUUAGCUGAUUCGUUGGGCGUCAAGGGUAUUCCGGAACCCCUGGUCAUCUUAUGGACAGGAAAUGUCAAGCGAAACGAAAAAAAAUCAGUAAAAAUCGACCUACUGAUAUCCUCGGUAGAUUCUCGACGGAAAUUCAUGCUGUCAUCCGCCCAUACCGUGGGAGAACUGAAGCUGCCAUUGCAGAAGCGGAGUCCCUUUGCAAGCACCAAGAUGGAGGUUCCCAGAGUACUCAUCGUUCUUGACAACCUACACUUAUUCGCCUCUCUGGAGUCUAAGGUUGGUGCCCCGGGAGAACCGAUUGCCGUGCGCUCAGCGCUGGGUUGGGCAAUCUACGGUCCCGACUUGAGAUCGGAACAGCGACAUAGCUACUUCAAUCACCAUCUGGUUCAGAGUUUGAAUAAUCGGGAGCUUCACGAUCUGAUGGCGGAGCAGUUCGCUCAGGAGGAAUUGCCUUCACCGUUUGGGCAGUCUGUGGAAUCAGAGGAAAUUCGCAGAGCCCGGGACAUCCUAGAAUCGACCACCGUCCGUGUAGGCGACCGUUUCGAAACGGAACUCAUCUGGAAACAGGAACCUGUCUUUCCUGACAGCUAUCGAAUGGCGUUGAAUAGACUGAGGAGUUCCUGCGAGGAGUGCUCUGCGACACUGAGGAGUCUUGAGCGACGGUUCAAUCGAGAGCCACAUCUGCAACAGAAUGUAAACCAACAGAUCGAAUACUACCUUACCAAAGGCUACUGCCACAAGGCCACGAAAGAGGAACUGUUGAAUACCAAUCCUUCUUCCUUGUGGUAUCUUCCUCUAAACGUAGUACUCAAUCCGAAGAAACCACAUAAGAUACGCUUGGUGUGGGAUGCAGCGGCCAAAUCCCAAGGAGUUGCCCUCAAUUCAUUCCUACUCAAAGGCCCCGACCUACUGGCAUCACUUCCGGCAGUCAUCAGCAAAUUUCGAGAGCGUCGAGUUGCCGUGGAAGGUGACAUUAAAGAAAUGUACCACCAGCUCAGGAUAAGAGAUGCAGAUAAGCAAGCGCAAAGGUUUUUGUUCCGUUUUCCGAAAGAUGAUCAUCCAACUGUGUUCGUCAUGGAUGUGGCCACCUGCGGCGCUGCUAGUUCUCCAUGCUCGGCGCAAUACAUCAAGAACCUCAACGCCCAGCAGUUCUCUACAAGUUAUCCAGCAGCAGCAGCAGCCAUAGUUCACCGUCAUUACGUCGACGAUUACUAUGACAGUUUCGACACCGAAGAGGAAGCUAUCACGCGGGCCAAAGAGGUACGUUUUAUUCACUCGAAAGGUGGAUUCGAAAUCACCAACUGGAAAUCUAAUUCCACUGAAGUUCUUCGAAGCUUGGGUAUUGACGGUGGCUCCAGAGAGUCCAUCCAUUUGAACCGAGAUAAAGCAAAACACUAUGAACGAGUUCUCGGCAUCAUGUGGGAUACACACAACGAUGAAUUCUCUUUUGCAGUACCUACAAACGUAGCUGCUACUGAUGCAGCACCACCGAAGAAGCGUGAAGUCCUAAGCACGGUUAUGUCUUUGUUUGAUCCGAUAGGACUGUUGGCUCCUUUUACAGUGCUUGGAAAAAUGCUCAUGCAGGACCUGUGGCGAGCGGGUUGCGAAUGGGACCAGCAAAUCGGCGGAGAGUGUUUAGAAAAGUGGCGACAGUGGGUCGCAAUGUUUUCUUUGGUGGAGGGUGUUCGGAUUCCAAGAUGUAACUUUGGGUCAACACCUUCUGACCAAUUUGGCCAAAUUCAGCUCCACAUCUUUACAGACGCUGGGGAAAAUGCCUUUGGAUGCGUAGCGUAUCUGAGGAUUUGCGUAGAGGACAACGUAAAAUGUUCGUUGGUGCUGGCACGAUCGAAAGUGGCACCGAUUAAACAACUUUCCAUUCCACGGCUCGAAUUGAAGGCAGCAGUCUUGGGAGCGAAUCUGAGUCUCGCUGUCAGGAACAAUCAUUCCCUUCCUAUAGGCCAAACUUACUUCUGGAGCGAUUCACAAACCGUUCUCUCCUGGAUUCAAUCUGAUCAACGUCGUUAUCAACCCUUCGUCGGCUUCAGAAUCGGAGAAAUUCUGAGUCUCUCCAAGUUGACGGACUGGCGUUACGUCCCAACCAAGCUGAAUGUAGCAGAUUCGCUCACCAAAUGGGGUCGUCUUCCAAAUCUUUCGAGCGAGGGUUCUUGGUUUCGUGGCCCGGAGUUCCUGUACCAGCAUCCAUCGAAAUGGCCUCAACAUAAUCUUCCCGCUGCAAAUACAAGAACGGAAAUCAAAGCAAUACAUCUUUUUCAUGGUGUUGAGCUUCCGAGUUGCUUUAUCGACGUGACCAGAUUUUCAAAAUGGAAUGUUGCAGUUCGCACAGUGGCGUGCCUUUUCCGAUUCAUCUCCAACUGCCGGCGCAGAGUUGCUGGCAAACCCAUCGAGGCUGUCCUGUCAACUCCAAAGCUCAAAGGGCUUAUCAAAGUUCACAUUCCGUUUGUAGUGGUUCCGUUGCGGCAAGACGAGCAUCGAUGUGCAGAAAAUGCUCUAUUCAGGUUGGCUCAAAGCGAUUCGUACAGCGACGAAAUCAAGACACUGCAGAAGAAUGCAGAGCUACCCUUCCAAAAUUGGUUUCCCCUAGAAAACUCCAGCCCUCUCUACAAGCUAGUGCCCUUGAUCGACGCCCAUGGUGUGUUGAGGAUGGAAGGUCGCUCUGAAAGGGCGGAGUUUCUCCCCUUCGAUCUUCGAUUCCCGAUUAUUCUACCAAGAUCCCACUGCAUCACGGAUCUUUUGGUUCAACAAUACCACGAGAGGUUUGGACACGUAUAUCGAGAAACGGUGAAGAAUGAAAUCAAGCAACGUUUUGUGAUAAGCGGUCUCACCAACUUGAUAAGAAGAACCGAGAGAAGCUGCGUGUGGUGUAAAGUCCGAAAAUGUCUACCGAAGAAUCCCAAAAUGGCUGCACUACCCGUGCAAAGAUUAACCCCCUUUAAACGUCCAUUUACUUUCGUUGGUCUUGACUAUAUGGGUCCAGUUGAAGUCGUCGUUGGUCGCCGCAGAGAAAAACGAUGGGUCGUGGCGUUCACGUGCAUGGUUGUCAGGGCGGUACAUUUAGAAGUUUCCCACAGUCUUACCGCGCAAUCAUGCAUAAUGGCGAUACGCCGUUUCAUCAGCCGCCGAGGUCCCGCUUCGGAAUACUUCUCGGACAACGGGACGAACUUGCGAGGAGCAAGUAAGGAGAUAAUCCAACAAGUACGGGAAAUUGAUAAUGUUUGCGCCGACGAAUUUACGACUGCUAUCACGAGUUGGCACUUCAUCCCACCUGGAACACCCCACAUGGGAGGGGCGUGGGAGAGGAUGGUUCGCUCGGUGAAGCAGGUCAUGACAGCCUUAGACGACGGACGUCGACUGAACGAUGAAAUUCUUCUGACUACGCUAGCUGAAACUGAGGACAUGAUCAACAGCCGGCCCCUUACUCUUGUAUCUACGGAUCCAGUGGUAGUUGCACUUUGUCCCAAUGUAUUCCUGCGUGGUUCAGAUCCUAACGAGCCGCAUGAAGUCAUCAAACCUACCAACCCUGCAGAGGCCCUUUGA